CUGGAGGGCCGGUUUGGGGAGGUCUCGCGUGGUUGUGCGAGGUGUGCCUCAGCUCCACGAUGGCUGCAGAUCCCGGAGGAGCUCGCUUCUGCUUUCCCUUCAUUUCUCUCCGUUUCCCGGUGUCUCUGCGUGUCGUCGCGACAUGGCAGGAGCCGCAGCCUCGGUAACCGGCCUCAGACCCCCCUCGCUGCCGCCGCCAUGCCCAAGAAAGGGCGCCGAAAACGGCUGAAGUUCCGCGCCGAGGAUGUUUGCUCGGAGUCAGUCACCGUGGCAGAUUAUGCCAAUUCUGACCCAGCUGUUGUGAGGUCUGGGAGAGUGAAAAAAGCCGUUGCAAAUGCAAUUGAAAAAGAAGUGAAGUUGCUGUGUGGCUUGGAAGCCUCUCACGGCCCCGUAGAGGAGGUGCUGUCCUCCAUCGCGGGGGUCGGAAGACAAGCCCAGGAGAGCAGCGACGAGCUGGACGCAGAGGACUGCACCGGCGAGCUCAGGGCUUCCAGGAAAAAGAAAAGCAAGAGACACAAAGUAGAUGCUGAUGCAGGGGAUGGAGCAGAGUACCCCGUUGAUGUCUGGCUGCUGUUGGCUUCCUAUAUCCGUCCAGAAGACAUCUGUAAAUUUGCUCUCAUCUGUAAGAAUGCGUGGGCUGUUUCCUGCACGGCGGCGUUUUGGUCCAGGCUGUACAAACGGCACUACGUCUCGGAUGCACACUUGCCUGCGCGCCUCCAGCCAGACUCCAUGGGAAAGGUGAGGGGUCUCCGUGCUCGCGUGAUUCGCUCUCUGUACCACUUGUAUGAGCCUUUCUGCUCCCGUGUCUCAAGAAGCCCCUCCAUCCCAGAGUCGACUCCUAUGACUAUCCUCAAUUCUAAGUGUUUGCUCUUUUGGGUCAACAAGAUAGUUGGGAGCAGAGCAGAACCGCUGUGGGAAUUCAAUUUUAAGUUUCUAAAGCAGCCUCCCAAGUUGAAGAACGGCUGUGGAAACGGCCUUCAGUAUCCGAGGCAGUACCAGGAAGUUCACAGUAACCCUGACCACGACUGCUUCCUGCUGCAGGUCACGACGCUGAAUUUCAUCUUCACUCCUGUGGUCAUGGGCAUGACGUUAACGCUGCUCACAGUGAACGUGAGUACAGACAUGAGGCACCAUCGCGCGCGCCUGCUGUUUCAAGACUCCCCGAUGGUGAAGGGCAGGAAGCCGCGGAACGAGCAGGGGGUGCAGAUCGUCCUCGACCCCGUGCACAGCGUGCGUCUCGUGGACUGGUGGCAUCCACAGUUCCCAGCUUCCAACCGGACUUAACAUCUCCUAACCACAUGGUGCAAGGGCAUGGAACAAAACCACGUGUGGAAAGCACUUUCCCCAACUCCCAGUUUGGUGCACGGAAUGGAAUCGUGGCCAGAUGCUGUGUUUUGGUGGCUGGUGUGUGCUUGGGCACACACUCUGUAGAGUGUUAGAUUUGCCCUAAUUUGUAUAAGACAUACCCUUGGUAGUAAAAUUCUGCCUCUACAAAUUCAGUACUGUGUAAUGUUUAAUCUCUCUCUAGUAACGAGAGCAUUAAUGCAGAAAGAUGGGCCGUGCACGUUACCUGGUGCAGAGAAGUCUUGUAUAAUGUUUUUAUAUAUAUGGGAGCUGUUUCAUAUUAUCUGGCAGAAUUGUAAAUGGUUUAGUUCAAGCUUAUCCCAUCAAUGUACUGUAAGAAGAUACAUUGGAAAAAUGUGUGCAAGUAGAUACAAACUCAGGUGUUUCACAUGUGAUUAUAAUAAUCUCUCUCCAGGAGUUAAAUGGGGAUUUGGGUUGAGAUUUAUUUAUAUUCUGUUAGUUUUCAUUUUCAAAACAUUUUGCCUGUGACGUAAGCACAGAGAGCGUUGGAAAGACCCACCUGCAGCCAAGCUUAGUCUUCAGAAUUGAAACAUGAGUUUUGAUUCACAGGUACUGAACUCUCUGUGGAAGAGGCUGUUUUCAAACUUAAUUGAUAGUGUCAUACUAAAGCAGAGACACUAGGUGGUGCUAUUUCACCUCUGCCCCUUAUCCGCGUCUGUGCUGGUUUAAAGCAAGGCGCUUGUCCCUGUUGUGGCUGUGGAAGAUGCUACUGUAUACGCAUUUCCAUUCCGCCAGGAACAGCUAACACUGGUAGUUAUCUUCAAAUGAACAUUACAGGCACCGGUACAUUCUGCUUCACUGUGGAUUUAGCGUAGAAUCUAGACAGGUGCGUUGCGCGCCCCCUGCUGGUAGCAGACGCGUUUGCAUGUCAUUCCGGGUUUUCUUCUCCUGUUUCGCUUACAGGUUACAUUCGGGUUUGCCAUUUUGCCAGUGCAGUACAUUAUUGCAUUUGGACAUGUGGAACUCAGUUGACUGGGAGUAAUGGGAACUGUAAAUCUGUAGAAAUAAAACUUGUAUAAGCAGAAUUCAUUUUUUUUGGCUUGCUCCUUUGCUGUGUUUAUU